AUCAAGCAGGAUGGCAUUGUACACCAGCUCAUCAUUCUAGAAGCUCACCAGCACCACUCUGGCCAAUGGGAAGUGCUGGGCAGGAAUGCCGCUGGUCUUGUUCUCAGCAGCAUGACGGUAACCGUCGAUGACCGGCAAAAGGUGGUACAGUCCAACAGUGAAGAUGCCUCCGGCAGACACAUUAUCGCGGUUACGGAGCAACCCUCCGCUUCCUCGCCUCCCCUACUAUCCAACUCGCGUGCUGGCCAGCCUCCUCUGCCAUCCCUCUUCCACGAUCAGGUUCAGCGAAAGGGCUCCGAUGUGCGCUUUGAAUGUGCAAUCAGGGCAAUACCAGAUCCGCGGGUGCGUGUCGGCUGUAAAGUGCCUGAAGUUUUAAAAAAAAGUACUCAAUGUUUUUAUGUCUAA